AGUGACAGUACAUUCGAGGCCAUACAUUUUUCGUGGUACAAUCGCCACUGUACUCAGGGACAUUCUGCGCCGAACGAUAUACCUCCAUCACUGCUCCGCAGAGCGAAUUGCACUCGCACGAAUCACCGUCAAUUUAUACCGUAUGUGUCGAAGGACAUGGAAGACCACCAGGCGAUCUACCAAGCGCUCAAAAAUGCAUUCGCCGAUAUGUUUAGCUGGAUAGACGACAAAUUUCAGUCAGUCCUGCCGAUGGAAUACGAGCGACUGGAAGCUACCGCCGCUAUCCUUCCCGGUAACAAUGUCUCAGCGGUCAGCCCGUUUGCCGCCCUCGUCGUCAACCUCAAUGUGGUCACCCGAGCCCAUCGAGACCGCCAAGACGACGGCGUAUGCCUUGUCUUGCCGAUUGGAGAAUUUGAAGGUGGUGAGUUGUGUCUGGUGGAGGCCGGCCUUGUCAUACCGCUUCGAAAUGGCGAUUUUGCUGUUUUCCCCUCAUGCAAACUCACUCACUUUAACCUACACUAU